ACACAUUGUGUGUAAGAUGGGCGCACAGCAAAUACCUCAAGCAGGAAACAAUUUGGGGGUAUAAUGUGAAGAAUGAUGAUUGUUACUACUGGAAAAAAAUGAUCCAUAAUAGAAGACUAUUUGAGGGGAUGAACACAGCUAAUGGCUACACCGUGAAGGAUGGUUAUAACUGGCUUAAGGGAGUUAGGGAGAAAGUGGACUGGGCAAAGGUGGUCUGGAGCAGAUGGUCAUUACCCAAGCAUCAGUUUAUUGCCUGGCUAAUAUGGAAAGGGAGGAUCCAAACAAAGGAUAGACUUAGCAAUUUCCUCUCUAUUGAUACCACUUGUGUGCUGUGUGAGAAAGAGGUGGAAUCUGCUGAUCACAUUUUCUGCUCUUGCACAUAUGCUAAAGCAAUUCAUGGGAAUAUGGCAAGUACGCUUAAAGUUGAUGUCCAUGCUGACUCUAUCAAGGACUUGGGGAAGAAGAUGGAGUUGGGAAGAGGUAGAAAACAGAAAUGGCGCAUGGCUGCAUACAUUACAGCAUGUUGCUACUUCAUAUGGAAGGCUAGGAAUGAAAAGAUUUAUAAUGGCAAAAGGAUCAAAGAGGAAUUUACAUUUCGUUGUAUUAGUGAAAUUGUUGGUAUGUCACUUGGUGGAAGAGGGUAUGGGAAAGGGACUUAGAUGGGAAAUCUGUUUUAAUAGAAUGUAUUAGUUCGUGAGGGUGUUAGUCUGUAGACUAUAAUGUUGAUUUGGAAUGAAGAAUUAUUUGUGCU